AUGCGGAGAAAAAUCAAGUAUGGCGACCAAGCUAGGGCGUUCUCCCAGGCGACGCGGGGGAUGAUCGCCGUGAUCCUCCAAAAAGUGGACGACGGCUACCGGCACGAGGCAAAGAGAAAUCGAGUCGGGAUAGUGCUGGAUCCAGAAAUGAAGGAAGGUGUACUACAGGUACAUAGAAAGUUGGACAGGGUUAUGUCGGUGAAGAUGGAACUUGUGAAGGAGGUCGUCAACAUUGUAUGUGCAUACGCCCCACAGGUAGGGUGUGAUGCAGAGAAAAAGGAAAAUUUCUGGAAGACCAUGGGAGAAGUCAUGCUAGAGAUCCCAGGGACAGAGAAACGACUCAAGAAGGAUCACCUAUACCAGUGGCGGUGUGAAUCCCAAGUGGACUACAUCAUCUGCAGAAGGAGUAAGCUAAAAAGGGUACAAGACUGCAAGGUACUGCCAGGAGAAGCCGUAGCGAAACAACACAAAGUAGUCACCUGCACAGCGACAGUCAAUGCAGAGAAAACGAAGAAGAGAGAAAGGACAAGGAAGACACGAUGGUGGAAACUGAAUAAGAGCGAGCAUAGAGAGAAGUUUGUGGAAAAUGCAAUGGUGGCAAUCAAUGAACAACGAGAGAAAUCAUGGGAAGAAACCAGCAGAGUGUUUAAAGAUACAGCGAAGGAGAUUUUGGGGGUAACAUCAGGGAAACCAGGAAGAAAGGAGGAAACGUGGUGGUGGUGCGACGAGGUACAAGAAGCAGUGAAAGUGAAAAAGGAGAUUAAAAAGCAAAGAGACUUCAACCGGUGCGAGGAGACAAUAGAAGCGUACAAAGCGGCAAACAAGGCAGCAAAGAGAGCGGUAGCGAGGGCAAAAGCAGAAGCAUACAAAGAUUUGUAUGACAGCCUGACAGAUGACAAUGAAGGACAAAGGAAAGCAAUCCGUAUUGCAAAGCAGAAACAUCGGGAAUCGCAAGAUGUGUACCAGGGAUAUGAAGGAGAGAUGGAGAACAUACUUCGAACAGCUGAUGAACGUUGUCGUAUUGCAAAGUUGUGUGGACUGCGCUGCGCUCGUUCCUGCAUUCACUACAACGUGGAAAAUGACAGAAUUGACAGAGUGAUAGAAGCAAGACCCAAAGAGGUGAUAGAUGUGAUAACAGCUGAGGAGGUGGAAAGAGCAUUGAGGAAAAUGAAGAAGGGCAAAGCAAAAGGCCCGGACGACAUCCCAGUGGAGGCAUGGAAGGUCUUAGGAAGGACAGGUGUCAUCAUACUGCUGGAAAUCUUCACCACGAUAAUGGAAACUAAGAAAAUGCCUGACGAGUGGAGAGAGAGCACGCUAAUAUCUAUCUUUAAGAAUAAAGGAGACAUCCAGGACUGCGGAAAUUACAGAGGAAUCAAGCUGAUGGCACACACGCUGAAAAUGUGGGAGAGAGUUAUAGAGAAGAGAUUGAGAGAGAAGGUGGAUAUAUCAGAGCAGCAGUUCGGCUUUAUGCCAGGCCGGUCCACAACAGAUGCGAUAUUUGCCCAGAGACAGCUGAUGGAGAAAUAUAGAGAAGGCCAGAAGGGGUUGCACAGCGUAUUCAUAAACUUAGAGAAAGCAUAUGACAGGGUUCCAAGAACAGAGGUGUGGAAUUGUCUACGGCUAAAAGAAGUGCAAGAGAAUACAUCCAAGUUAAAGUACGACUCCAUCAGGGAUCUGCACUAA